ACACAGGAGUGAGACUGUUUGUUUAUUUUUGGCUCAGUGCGAGCGUGUCGAUGGCUGCCGAUGCGUCGCAAAGGAAAGCUCUGAGAUACCAGCAAACCCUGCUGUAUGGAGAAUAUCGGGAGCAGCUGGGUAAUAUCGCCAAACGGGAGGCCACGCGUCUGUUGACUGAAAAGCAAUCGAAAAGGCAUGCCGAAAAUUCCAAGGCAACCAGGAGAGGCCAUGGCCGGACACAUCACACCAGCUUGGAUGCGGGGCCAAUGACACCAGGCUUAAGCCCCUCCUCCUCUUUGAUGAAGUCACACCCCUAUUCCAAAUGCCAGGACUGCCUAGCCCGUAUCCAGAAGUAUAUUGUGACAAAGCUUGGGGAGGACUGGAUAUUCCUGGUUCUUUUGGGCCUCACUAUGGCUUUGGUUAGUUGGAGCAUGGAUUAUGCCAGUGCCAAGAGCAUACAAGCAUAUAAAUGGAUGUAUGGAGAGCUGAAGGGAAAUGUGGCUCUGCAGUAUCUGGCAUGGGUCUCAUAUCCCAUCAUCCUUGUCGUUUUUGCAUCCCUCUUCUGUCAUUUGGUUGCUCCUCAAGCUAUAGGCUCUGGGAUUCCUGAACUGAAGACCAUACUCAGAGGUGUGGUGUUAAAAGAGUAUUUGACACUCAAGGCAUUCGUGGCUAAAGUCAUAGGUCUUACGGCUGGUCUAGGCAGUGGCAUGCCUAUCGGAAAGGAGGGUCCUUUUGUGCAUAUUGCCAGUAUAUGUGCAGCAGUGCUGAGCAGGGUCAUGUCAAUCUUCACCGGUGUGUAUGAGAACCCAUAUGGUUACUCAGAUAUACUGACAGUAGGAUGUGCUGUUGGGGUGGGCUGCUGUUUUGGGACUCCCCUUGGAGGUGUGUUGUUCAGUAUUGAGGUCACAUCGACUUACUUCGCUGUGAGGAAUUACUGGAGAGGAUAUUUUGCUGCAACAUUCAGUGCCUUUAUAUUCCGAGUACUGUCAGUGUGGAACAAAGACUCUGUCACAAUAACAGCACUGUUUCGUACAAAUUUCCGUAUGGAUUUUCCCUUCGACCUGCAGGAGCUGCCAGCUUUUGCAAUAAUCGGGAUCUCAUGUGGGUUUCUAGGGGCGUUCUUUGUCUAUCUGAACAGACAAGUUGUUCUGAUCAUGAGGAGGCCAACAGCUCUAACACGCUUUCUCACGAAACACCGUCUGAUUUACCCUGGUGCCGUGACACUAAUCAUAGCUUCCUUCACAUUUCCUCCUGGUUUUGGACAGUUCAUGGCUGGAGAGCUGAUGCCCAGAGAGUGCAUUAAUUCACUAUUUGAUAACUACACUUGGACAAAGAUCUGGGGUUCACCAGUCCCUCCUGGAUUAGGUCGAUCUGCUGCCUGGCUUCACCCACAAGUCAGCGUCUUUGUCAUCCUUCUCCUCUUCUUUGUCAUGAAGUUCUGGAUGUCUGCAGUCUCUACAACAAUGCCAGUUCCUUCUGGAGCUUUCAUGCCUGUUUUUAUAUUGGGAGCAGCAUUCGGCCGUUUGGUGGGUGAGAUCAUGGCUACACUUUUCCCCAAUGGAAUUCUGUUUGAUGGGAUUGUCUAUCAAAUCCUUCCUGGAGGCUAUGCAGUGAUAGGGGCAGCAGCCAUGACAGGAGCAGUCACUCAUACUGUUUCAACCGCAGUGAUCUGUUUCGAGCUGACAGGCCAAAUCUCACACAUCCUACCCAUGAUGGUUGCAGUGAUUCUCGCCAACAUGGUAGCCCAGGGUCUACAGCCUUCUCUUUAUGACUCCAUCAUUCAGGUCAAAAAGCUGCCAUAUCUUCCAGAGCUCAGCAUUGGUCACAUCAGUAAAUAUAAUAUCUUUGUGGAGGACAUCAUGGUGAAGAAAAUAAAGUUUCUGUCACCUCAGUCCACUUAUAGAGAGCUGAAAGAUCUCCUGGAGUCCUCGUCUCUUAAAACCAUCCCGCUCAUUGAUUCCAAAGACUAG